AAGGAAGUGAGAACUCAAAAAGAAAAAACAUACAACAGCCGGUGUUCGCCAGUGGUCACCCACCUGACUACUAAUCUGCCGGUUAGUGGCUUGUCUAUGGGGGAGCAGACGGGACCCCGAAUUUUCCACUACCUAUGGUCGUAUGUGCCUACUUCUCUUUCGAAAUACCUUAUAACGACA